AUGAGAUUCUCCAACGUUUUAGUUCCAAUGGUGAUGCUGGCUACUCUUGCCAGAGCCGAGGAUACAACUAUCAUCACCAGCACUGUCACGGUUACCGAGACUCUGUUGACGCCUUCAGAGAGUUCUGCCUUGGCUGAGUCAAUCGCCUCCGUGUCCUCUGCUUCUGUCGCUUCUGUUUCUUCUGUUUCUGUUGCUUCCAUUAAGUCUGUUUCUUCUGCUUCCGCUGCUUCUGCUAAGUCUGUUUCUUCUGCUUCUUCUGCUUCUUCUGCUUCUGCUGCUUCUGCUGCUUCUGCCGAGUCUGCCUCCGCUGCCUCUGCUGCCUCUGCUUCGUCUGCUUCGUCUGCUUCUGUUGCUUCUGUUGCUUCCAUUUCGAAGGCUUCAGCAGCAGCUGCUUCGUCGAUCUCGAAGGCCUCAGUUGCCUCGGUUUCUUCCGCUUCCGCUGCUUCUGUGGCUUCCGUGAGCAGUUUGUCUGCUGCAAACGGACUGUUGGCUAUUGCCUACGAUUCCACCAACAGAACAUCCACAGUGUCGUCUACGACUACCCACCAUAACAAGACAACACACCUUUCCACCAUCACCUCCACCCUCAGCAACCACACAACGCUGCACAACACGACGACGCUGAUAACCAAGACCACAUCUAAGAAGUCUUCGUCUUCCGUUGUGCCUACCACCGACUCCUCUUCCGCUUCUGCCUCCGCCUCGACUGCAGCUUCCUCUUCCUCCUCGGGCGAGGGAAACAAGUUCCAGGUGUCUGGUCUCACUUUGGGAGUUGCUGGUAUGAUCGUGGCAGCGUUGCUGUGA